CUGAUUCACUAAUUAGAUUUUGGCAGGACAUCUCAGAAGAAAAGAAGAAAGAAGAUGAUUCUGAAAGAGAUGAGCUACUCUUUAAGGAGCAGAUGCUGUCCAAUGAGUGCAAAGCAGGAAACAACCGAAACGCUCUCAGAAUUGCUCUUGACUUGGAUAAACCUCACACCAUCUACAAUAUACUGACAGAAAUUUAUGAAACGGGAAAAACUUCAAAGAUAGUGGACAUCCUUGUGGAAUUGUCUGACAAUCAGAAAAGAACAUUGAUCAACUAUAUGAUAAAAUGGAACACACACUCCAUCUACAGCGAGUUAGGACAGAUCCUUCUCCAGAAAAUCCUUGAUAACUGCCUUCCCACUGAUUAUUUGAUGAACCAACAGCAAUACAGAGAUCUCCAAGCAUAUACAGAACGCCACUACAAAAGGAGGAAAUGUUUGAAGGAGAAGUCCCAGUUUAUUCCAUAUUUAAUAAAACAGAUGAUACCAUCAAACCAAGAUGGAGCAGAGACUGACAUGGCAGCAAAUUGAGGAGAAUAAAAUCUAUAUUAUUUUGUAAUAAGAAUAUAUAACUUUUCUUACCA